GGGCUCCUUCGGCGCCGUGGGAGCUCCCGGCUCGCCUGCGCACCCCCGAGCGCUGCCCGCGGGCAGAGCCGCCGCAGCGGGGGAAGGCGGUGCGGGGAAGGCGGUGCGGGACGCGGCCGCUCUUCUCCUUCCGGGCGGUGCAGGGCGCGCAGGGGCGGAGCCAACAUGGCGGCGGGGUGGCUGUGGCGGCGGCUCUGUCAGGGAUCAGCUUUUCCUGUCAGUUAUGCAAGCAGAAUUAUGCAAAAGCAGUAUUUUCUUCCGAGCUCCACCUUGACAGGAGCACGGCUGGUUGGAUCCCAUGGUGAUACACAGGAGCCUAAGACUAAUCCUUUGGUGUCUAUUUCAGAUGAGCCAGAAACACUGUACAAGAGAUUGUCCAUUUUAGUUAAAGGCCACGAUAAAGCUGUGUUGGACAGCUAUGAAUAUUUUGCAGUGCUUGCAGCUAAAGAACUUGGCAUCUCUGUUGAAAAAGUAGAUAAACCCCCAAAGACGAUAGAGCGAUUUACACUUCUCAAAUCUGUACACAUUUACAAGAAGCACAGAGUUCAGUAUGAAAUGAGAACACAUUACCUGUGUUUAGAGUUAAAGUACCUAACAAGCAGUACUGCUGCAGUUUACUUGGAGUAUGUGCAACGAAACUUACCUGAAGGGGUUGCCAUGGAAGUGAAAAAGACUAAGAUAGAGAAAAUACCAGAACACAUUCAGAAACCUGUUUGGGAUACAUUACCUCAAGUAGAAGAAACUGAAGUAAAGUCAUGAACAGACCAGGUACUUGGCUCCAUUAGUACUGAAGUUCAUUGCUCCUGUCAACCUCAUUUACUGAGACAGUCCGUUGUUAAAUAAAGGUUCUCUUAUAAAGAAAUUAUAUAAA